CCUCAGAGGCUGAGUCAUGCAGGUGCUUAAAUUAAUGACAUUCAGUGAGAGAAACACCAUUUGCCAUAUCCAUCAUGGAAGAAGAUAAAGGCUUGCCCGCGAGGCCGUGGGACACUUUUCAAGAGGUCCCCGUCAUCGAAGAUGAGCAAACACCCUGGAAACUGAUCAAACUACUAAAGAUCGUCUCUCUGAGUCUAGUUGCACUGAUUGUGUUUGGAUUGGCUCUAUGUAGCAAGACGUCUUUCCUCCUCCUCAUCACCAUGUCCAAUGAAGGCACAAAGACCAUCCCAGAUGACCAGAAACCUGUCAUUCUGUUGUGUAUCGGCUGCUCUCUCAUUGCCUCCAGUGUCUUUCUAUUUCUCAAAAGCAUCUGGAAGGCAUGUUACAAAACAUCAAAGCUGCCAAGAAAAGCAACUAUUGCCCUGGUUCUGUUCUUUGAGUUUCUGGUGUCUGUGGGAGCAGCAAUUCUCACCAUUGUGGCGAUGCCACACUUGGACAUCGUGACCAACGUGACAAUACUGAACGGUGUAGCGGUCCUCUCUACACUCCUACAGGUGAUCGCUCAGUGCACUGCCAAGGAAAGGAACCGCUUCCUGCUGCCAUCCAUCACAGCCUUCAUCCUCAUUUUGCUCGGUUACACCCUGUUCCUUGCCUUAUACAUCAUGAAGGAUCCUACUGAUAUCAAGAUGGCCAUUUGGGUGGGUCUGGCUGUUGGUGGGUCCUUCCUGGUGUCUUUCAACUGGUGGGAGACCUACUUCAGACUGAUUGGUGAUAACAGCAGCUCAGUCUUCCUCAAGAGCUUGUGUAAAGACAUGACUAAGUGCCAGAACGUCCUGCAUAUCCUCUCCAGCCUGCUCAGGAUCGUGGUGACCGCCUGUGUGCUUGGAGCCUACGUCCCUCUGGCCAAAAUGGACUGGGUAAUCGUGAAAUCCAUCCCGAGCCGUGAGACAAGGAUUAUAGCCAUCACCAUUGGGAUCCAGCUGAUCUCCUCAGCACUCUGCCACUGGUUCGCUGUUGCAGCCUGCAAGAUGCACGCCCUGCGACGAUGCUUCAUCCUGCCUUUGUACCUGGCCUCUCUGGCUGUUAUGGCUCUGCUUGUCGUCCCUGUCAUUGUUUACUAUCAGGAAUACAGAAUAAGUCUGAACGGGACAGCAAGCAUCAACUUCACAAGCUACUGUAGUGUGGUUGUGGAUGGAAGAAACCAAAGUCUGAAGGACAGUGUGUUCCCAAAUCUGGUUUUAGAUGUUACACACACUCUGUGCUUCCUGGACAUGUCCAAAAUAACUGACGUUGGCAUACUGACAGGUUCAGCAGUGUCCUGGUGGCUUGGGCUUGUGUUGGCCACUCUCCACCUGUGGUACCUCAAUGUGUAUCGCAUUCAGAGAACCCAAGACCUGUUUGUCAGGAGACUGUAUGAAGGAGCCUUUAUUGAGCAGUCCCUGCUACUCAACACCCGGUUUGACAUCCAGGCCAAGGGCAGGAAGAAGAAGUAAGU